ACGACUCUGUCUCGAACUAUCUAUUCAUUAAUUCAUGUACGAAAUCAAUUAACAAAGAUAAGUUUCUAACUUCAUUCGCGAUAUUGAAUUGACAUUAAAGUUCAUAGGUACAACUAUACGUCAGCCAAUCAUGCAGCGUCAGAGCAAUGUAUUUUUAUAUUUCAAAGUGAUAUAAAUAAAAUAUCUGUUCACUUACACUAUCUCUUGCCUCUUACGUGGAAACUUUUAUGCAUGAGACAAGUUUUUUUUAAAUCAGAAAUCUCAGAUUUUAUCAAAGGUAUCCAACAGAAUAGUGUGCAACAAAAACUACUCAUAUGUAUUCUCCUGUAAUUAUACAUUCGUCGCAAUAUAUGUAAAAAUGUCUUGGUUUUUUGGCAAAAAGAAAAAUAAAGAGUCCCCACCCAGCUCGCCAGAAGAACCUGCACCACAUGAUGGAUUUAUUUUUGUUGAAAAGCGAAAUCAACCCAAUACAGAUAAUAACACACCAAGCUUGUAUCCUAAUCUCAACGAUCCAUUAUCUUAUCAACCAAUGUCUGGUCCAGUUGUCAAACAAAACUCACAAGAUGGCCAGAAUAACGACUUGACAAGUAUUCCCUUUAAAUUCAGUAAAGAUUUGGAGGACACAUUGAAUCAGGAUUUGGUCAUUGAUAAACUGAGACUGGAGGAAAUACUUUCUUUUAUCAAUAAGGUUGGCACAGAAAAUUACGACUACGAAUUUCAAGUGGAACGGAGUGUUAUUAAUGAGAUAAACAGUCAAAAUGACGAGUAAUUUUGUCAUGACAAUAUGAGAUUAAGAAUAUGCACAUGUUUAUAUUACAUGCACCAUUGAGGAUUAAUUUUUAAGUUACAGCGCUUAAGAUUUUAUUUUUGUAAGGAUCAAGCAUGUAGAGUGUAAGCUUAUAUUUUGCAAAAAGAACGUUUAUCUUUGUGAAGAGUACAUCUUCUUUUAUAUAAAUAUCUAUAUUGUUGCCAUAUUGUAAGAGAUAUAAAGUAAUUAUUUAUAUUUACAUAAGUGUAUGUUAUGUACAUCAAAAGUUUUUCAAUAAAAAUAUUGCAAA